AUUAGCGCUGUGUGGGAUUUUUUCAGCGUGUGUUUUGUGCUGUGUUAGAUAAUUGAUUUGUUUACAUCAAGAUGCAUUGUAGUAAAUCGGAGAAUUUGUUCGAACCAGAUUUUUCUGUUAAAACUGUAUUAACAUUUGUGCCUUAAACUUUUAGUAGUCUUGAAGUGACUAAUAUAAGGAGGCCCUAUAUUUGUUAACGGAUAGUGAGUAAAGUAAAGUGUUCUACUAUCGGCGUUGAAUACGUAUUCAACUAGUUGACUGAUAUAAGCCGGCAACAAUUUCAAUAUUGUUUACUUUUUAUAUAGGAAAUAUGACGCCCACAACUGAUAUAAAAUCACCAGAAAAAGAUGUGGUUAUCAUCAAUGAACCGGUCGACGCUGAGAAAAAAUAUCCAUCUACGGUUGCCAAACUCAACUUAUUUUUCAUAAUUGUAUCUGGAAUCAUUUACUGGUACUUUUUUACAAUCAAGUACUUAUCCUAUGGCCCUGAAGUCGUCCACUCCAAACAAGCCUUAAUCCCUAUACUGGGCAACAACAUCGCUUUUGUAGCGAUCUCGCUCCACAUCUUCAACCGCUGGCUUCAAGGGAGCAAACUCACAGCUGCGAUCGCUGCAUGUGUCUGUAUAAUUACAUCCACAUACUGGGUAGUAGCGGUCAACUUUCUGAGUACAGAACCAGAGCAAACACAGAGAGAAGAGAUGUCGGACGUUGCUUACGGACUUGAGGCCGCUGCACAUUAUCUUCAGUUCAUCGUAGGGUUGAUGAUGGUUGCUGAGAUAACAUAUAUCACGUGAAAACUGACUUCAUAUUCCUCAAACAACAUCU